GCUGUUGUCAUGCAAUGACGGAAUGGAUGCACGUCAAUCAUCUAUUAUUAACUUGUUCUUCAUUGUUCGGAUCGAAUAAAAAGCCGGACCAAUCUGUAAGGCCUUAAGAUUGCUGACACGAAAAAAGAACGUGGCCGAGGAAAAUAAGGUUUUGUAAGACCAACAUACAACGCAUAAGAGAACAAUGAAGACGGCAUUGACUGUACUGCUCUUUGGAGCUAUCGUUGGAUACGCUAGCGCUGCGGCCUUCCAAUGCUACUCCUGCUCGUCCACGCUGACUGCUAACUCUGACUGUAGGGACUCGGUGGAAAACAUCACCACAGUCAGCUGCGCAGACGACAGCUCCUGUUUCGCCGCGGUGGUGAAGGUGGGAACUCUGCUGACAAAGAUUGACCGUGGCUGCACUCCCAACUGUGUCUCCGACGAUUCCUGUAUGAACCAAAUUGGGAGCGGGAUCUGCAGAAUGUGCUGCAAGGGAGAGAAGUGCAACAGCAUGACGCCCGGGGGAGCGGAGAUGGCCGGCGUGUCCGCCGCGCUGCUGCUGAUGUCGAGCCUCUUUACCGUUCUUGGUGCGGUGUGAGAGAGUACAUAACGGUGACUUUGACACCAAGCAGUUGAAUGUAUGACAAGUGUUGUUGUGUAAUUAACACAAACUGUUGCCUCGUAAUAUGACUUUAACAUCUUUGAAAUGUUGUUGGCAUCCUGUCCACGCCCGUCUGUCCAAUGAUAGUAAUUAAUAGAUGUAUAUGUACCAUCAUUGAACCGUUAUUUGGUACAAACAAAGCAAAGUAGUUCUUCCACAAUCUGUCAGAAGAUUAGACUAUUUGGAGGCUAUCGGGCUAGUGUUUCACAACACCAUUAUUGAUUUUGUCUCAACUGCUACUUCUACAGAACAAUGUUUUCCAAUGAAAAAUGGUCAUCUGGAAAAAAAAUUGCAUGCAUAAGCUGAAGUCAACUUAAUUCACUGAUGGCUGCAGCUGCGAAUGACCAAUAACUGUCGAUGACUGGCUGCAAGUUUGACAACAACUGUAGAGUUUCCCUGUAGCGAUAUGAACACCCAUCGUCUCGUGGUCAGUUGACUGUAGUGCUGUUUGUGUCCUCGGAGGGACCAUAUUAAAGCUGCAUGCCUGUUUGUUUCAAUUAAUAAAGAUACAGAAGGAAUUUCACUGGAAAA